UUAAACGAGUAGAAGAUGAAAAUUCUACAAACUGGUAGAGUAAAUUACGAUUAAUAGAAUUGUAUUAUUUUUGUUAAUUUCACUCUCUUGUAUUCGGUAUAAAAGUUCAUAAUAACUGUGAGGGAGGUAAAAGAGGUGUCAUAUUAUACCUGCACAGAAAAAAGUAAAGCUGUUUCAUUGAGUUGCAAGGAAAAAUAUAAUAAGUACUAUUCCUAGCGUAUUGGGUUUGUGGGUAUCGCACUGGUAAAAACUUAAAAAUGUCAAAUUUGCAACGCACUAUUCUUAAAAAUAGACUUCCGCCCACAAUACCUGGUGGGAGAAUUGGAAGAAGUGACUCAUUUAAAAAGUCUCGAAUUCGAGAUUUUAAACCGGCACUCUGGAGUGAUUUCUUUACUGAAAAAGAGGACGUGGUCUUAGACGAGAAUCGAACUUUCCGCAUAUACCGUACAAAAGCCCCACAGAAACCUGGUCCAAUUCUACUCUUACUGCAUGGGGGUGGAUAUUCUGGUCUAACAUGGUCGCAUUUCUGCGUUGAAAUCACUCGCAUUAUCCAUUGUCAGUGUCUCGCAAUUGAUUUACGAGGCCAUGGCGACACAAAGACAGAACUUGAUGAUGAUCUUUCCUCAGAUACUCUUGCAAAAGAUAUAGGGGACCUGGUAUUACAACUUUACCAAGGAGAUAUUCCUCCCAUAUACCUUGUCGGUCAUUCUAUGGGAGGCGCUAUCGCUGUUCAUUUUGCGCACAAAGCGAUUAUCCCAAGUAUAAUUGGAAUAACUGUAAUUGAUGUAGUCGAAGGAACUGCUAUGGAAGCUUUGGCCAGUAUGCAAAGUUUUCUACGAUCGCGUCCUACUCACUUUAAAAGUAUUCCAAACGCUAUAGAAUGGUGCAUUAGAAGUGGCCAAAUAAGAAAUGUAGAAAGCGCAAAGGUCUCAAUGCCUGGACAGAUUAUUAAUUGUGCAACGCAGCAGCUAGCUACUAACGAGCUACCAUUGUCUGAAGAUGAAAUCGAGGAGAGUGCUUCAACAAGUAACUUUACACAUCCUUUUAGUAUUUCAGAAGAUGAGGAAAUUGGCAACGAUAAUGGAGGUGAUUCCGUCACUUCAAUUGCCAGUACCACACUCGGAGGUGAAAAUGAUAGUAGUUCAGAUUCAUCAGAAUUUAAAAAACCAUUUAGCGGACAUAUUGAAUCUCCGAAAAAGUAUACUUGGCGCAUUGAUCUUUCAAAAUCAGAAAAAUACUGGGUGGGUUGGUUUACCGGUUUAAGCGAAAAAUUUUUAAAUUUACGUGUUCCGAAACAACUAUUACUGGCCAGCAUUGAUGGUUUAGACAAGGCACUAACUGUUGGUCAAAUGCAAGGUCGAUUUCAAAUGCAAGUGCUGGCGCGAUGUGGACACGCCGUUCACGAGGAUCGUCCACAUGAAGUAGCGGAGGUAAUAAGUGGAUAUCUUAUACGCAAUCGUUUUGCAGAAGCGGUUGGCGAAUUUCACUUUCAUUUGCCAGCAUGUUAAAUUUUUUACAGUGCCAAUUAGCAGUAAAUAAGAUUGGUUAUAAAAAAAACUUUUAAUAAUCAAAACCUAAAUUAUCAACAUUACAAUCAAAUGCAAAGAUAUACAUCAAAAAGUAUAUUUCACAGAUAAGUAGAAGACACAUACAUGCAGAAAGUUGAAAUUUAAAGCAUGUACUACUAAAACUCAUAACAAAUAAAUUAUUUAUUGCAGUUAAA